CACAGUCUAACCGGAAGUAAGCAGGUCCUUGUCUUCACUUGUUUUUCUCGAAAUUUCUCCCUUUACAAUCUACUACAUCAUUAAUCUAGGCACACAAAGUGUCAUAUUUAGAUCAGUCUGCGAGAAUCAAUUAGUGAUAUAUUCCAAAAUGGUUAAACUUCACAUCAAGAAAGGCGAUGAAAGCCAGUUUCUUUAUGAAACAACAGUCAAUAUCCCAAUCGACGAACUGAUGAAGGAUGUAGUGGCCAUCUACAACGGGAGGUUGAAAGUCAAUAGGAUAUGUGAAGAAAUCAAAAGCCUGGCGGAGCAUGGUAUCAUGAUGCCGCCAAACAUGCAAGGUCUGACAGAUGAACAGAUUGAAGAGUUGAAGCUGAAGGAUGAAUGGGCAGACCGCUGUGUCCCUAGUGGUGGCAAUGUUUAUAGGAGAGAUGAAAUUGGAAGGAGAAACGGAAUGGCUCCGAAUGAACAGAUGGCAGAAAUAUUGACAAAAACUGUGAAAGAAGCAAAAGAUGACGUAUCAAAUAAAAAUGUUGCAGCCGACAGGUGUGUCACACAAGUAACGGUAAAAGAUGCCUUAGAUAAACUAUGUGGGGCGAUCAUGAUAGUUUACCCAAUGCAACUGCCGCCUCAUGAUCCAAUCCGUAUGGAAUUUGAGAAUACAGAAGAUUUAACCGGAAUGCAGGCCUCUUUAGAAGUCUUAGAUGAGGCCAAUGCUUCCCUCUGGUGGGCUGGUAAAGAAAUGAUCAGGGGGAAGAAAUUGAUGGAUUUCAUUGGCAAAAAUGAAAAAACGAAAAUCAUAGCCAAGCUACAGAAGAAAGGAGCAGGUGCUCCAUCUCGAGAACCUGUUGUCAGUGAAGAAGAACAAAAACAGAUGAUGGCAUAUGCAUAUAAAAAGCAAGAGGAAUAUAAGAAACUCCAAGAAGCCGAUGACACUUCAUACCUUGACUCUGCCUGGGCUGAUUCAAACUCCUUAAAGAAGAGCUUCCAGGGAAUACGAGAUAUCAAAAUGGGACCGAGAUAGGGAGGGCAUUAAGGACACUGAUCACCAAACUGUAUUCUUGUGACAUUUUUCACCUCAUUUGGAUAUGCUUCAUGUCAUUAGAGGUACGCCGUGAAGUACAAUUCAGAAGCAUUUGAGAAAGUAUACCAGGGGUGGUCGUGGAUCAAAGACUCGGAUAAAGAGUGGGCACCCUGCCCUAACUUUUCAGACUUUCAUGGUCAAAUUCAAAGAUUAUGAAAACCAUGCGUUUCCCAUGUUGUUAGGCUAAACCCACUUGGGGAAUCAGACCUUCAAAGAAAUGUCCAGUUCUGUGGAAGUAGUGUCUAGCAAUAUCAGCUGCAGUGUAUUCAUACUACAUUCAUUCACUGACUGUAGGAUGGUCACUUCUAAUCCUAAUAAAAUCUAACUUCAUUCCUGGUUAAGGAAAAUCAUCAUUCCGUCCAACACAUUCAAGUGUUACAUGUUCAGCGUCAAUUGAAACAUCUGCUAGAAUUAUUCAGGAAAAGUUGUAAAUGAAAAACCAUUGGAAAAUCAAAAUUGACUCGGUCAUAAUGUACAUGUAAUUAUUGUGUUGUCAUAUUUUGCUGCAUGUCAAAUAAAAUGGUAAUUUUUUUCAAGA